AUGCUUUUUCAAUUUGCAGAUAGAGCUGUAGUAGAAGCACUAGUUCUUAGCUGUGAUGAUUUCCCGAUAAACAAAUCAUCCAUUCAACGCAUUCACACACAAAGUAGAAAAGAUAGAACGGAAUCUAUAAAAUCAGAUGGGAAAUUAUUACCUGAAUUAGAUGUGAGAAGUUUUAAAGAAGAACGCUUGCCAAUUCUAAUUUCAUUUGGAGAAAAGGAACAACUUCUGGCUGUACCCAAACUGGAGAGCUUGUCCGGUCAAGAUCAAGCUAAAGCUGUGUUAAACGCAUUUUAUGACUGGAACGUCGAUGAGAAAGUACAAAUAAUGUGCUGUGACACAACUGUGUUUAAUACAGGGCGAUUGAAAGGAGCUUGUGUACUUUUGGAACAAAAAUCAGACAGAGAAUUAGUACGCUUUGCUUGCCGCCAUCACGUUUACGAACUGGUUUUAAAAUGUGUGCUCGAAGCAAAAAUCCACCAAAUCACAAGUAGCUCUGAUAUCAAAAUGCUCACAAAGUUUAGAUACAACUGGAAAACUAUUAAUCUUGCUGCUAUUGAAACCUACACUGAUAUCGUCAUACAACAUUUUUGUUAUACAACAAUACAAUAA